CCUUAACAUUCCAAACCCUAGACAAUCAGACCUUCCUGCAGAGACGAAUCAACGAUUCAACAAUGGGUAAGGUUCACGGAUCGCUUGCUCGUGCCGGAAAAGUUAGAGGGCAGACCCCUAAGGUUGCCAAGCAAGACAAGAAGAAGCAGCCCCGCGGUCGCGCCCACAAGCGUAUUCAGUACAACCGCCGUUUCGUCACUGCCGUUGUUGGCUUUGGGAAGAAGAGGGGACCCAAUUCUUCAGAGAAGUAAGCAGAAGAAGAAGAAGAAGUUGUGUGUAGUCUUAAUGGUAUUUCAUUCAAAUGUUAAUGCUACUACUACUAUACUAUGUGACAUUUACUUUCAAUUUGAGUUCAUGUUAGGAUUAUUUAUUUUCUAAAACUGAUUGGGUUACCUUUUUAUUUUAACAUAUUUUUGGUUGGUAUUA